GCUGUCGCUCGCUCGUGAGUGUUUGUGUGUUAGUGUGCGUGCGCGAGUGCGUGCGUGCUGCCGAGUGAUGCGUUUCGUUUGCUCGGUGAGUUGGAUUGGCUUGAAUUGAAGCAAGGAAGCGAGCGGGCAGGAGCCAGGCGGAGGCGUGCAGCCGGGGCCAAGUCUUGUUUCGUUCGAGGAAUUGCUUGAGGCGGAGGACGCAGCACAGCAGCGUUAGUCAGCAGUCAGCCAGUCAGUCAGCCAGCGAGCAAGCCGACGAGCUUCGGGAAGCAGCAUUGCUCGGUCGGAGCAGGCAGCAGUCAGCAGCACAAAAACCACAAGGCAAGGCAAGGCGAGGCGAGGCCAAGCCAAGCGAAGCGAAGCGAAGCGAAGCCUUCGUUUCCUCGUCCUCCUGUAAAUUUCUUAUUCUUUCUUCUCUUCUUUUCUCUUCUCUUCUCUUCCUCCUCGGUGCAGGAGUUUCCCCGCCACCCGUGCUUGGAUCCUCCAGGACCGGACGAGCCCCCUCGAGAAGAGUUUGUUGUGAGCAGGACUCACUUGAUUUUGGGUUUCCUUCGCCCCGAUUCCGGAAGCGAGAACUCCCUCCGCCGAUUCGGCAGAGGGGAGUGCGACACAGCGAUUGGGAGAGCAGGAGCAGAUCCCCGCACUGCACUCCAUUCAUCGGAACAAGUUUUGUUUUCCUACAUACAUAGCGAGCGAGCGAGCUAGCGAGCUUUGAUGCCACCCGGGCCGGGACCGAAUUCGGCCGGAGACAAUCAGAGGCGCAUCGGAGCUCUUCCAAUCUCGAGCUCGAUUUCAGCGUUCGAGGAGGCGAUCGAUCCACCCAAUUUUGCAGCUAGUAGAGCAGGAGCCGAAUAAGCACGAAGAAACCGAGGCAUCCGAGCACGUCGGCCAGAGGAUCUCGUCGCAGGGUCGAUUUGACGUCGGGGCGUGAUAUCGAGCUGAGCGAACAGCAACAGCAGCAGCGGCAGCGUAGCGCUCCGCAUUCAGGCGCAGGCGCACAGUAAAUGCGCGACGUCGAAGGCUAGGCAGCAGAGGACGAGCGCCGAUCCGAGCAACAGAGCGGAGCCCGGGCAGGGCUGGGCGAGAAUGCGCGCCCCUGGAAAGGGGCAGGGCAACAAAAUUGACCCGGCCAAGACGGACAUCACGGCCGCGCUGAGCGACGCGCUGCUGCAGCGCAUCCUGCUGGGCGUGCCCGCAGCCUCGAGGGCGUCGUGCAGCCUCGUGUGCCAGCGCUGGCUUCGACUCAUCGACAAGGACCGCAAGUCGCUGCGCCUGCUCAAUUGGGCCUUUUUGGAAUCAGGGCGAUUGCCCAAGCGCUUCCCUGACCUCACCUACAUCGACCUCACCUGGGCUUGCAUGCGCGACGCCACCACGCGCAACUCCAUCUGCAUCACGCUCUCCAAUCUUGACCUCUCGCUGCACCCGCAGGUCGCCGAGCCCUUCUCUCUCGAGGCCUGCAUUCGCACGCAGCAGCUCGCGCCCGAGGCCCUCGAUCGUGGCCUCGCCGUCCUCGCCCGUGGCUGCCCCGAGCUUCAGCGCUUGCGCAUUGUGGACGUAGGCCACGCGCAGGCCGGCGCCUUCAGCGAGUGGGAGUUCGUGUCCUCGAAUCAGAAGAGCUCCGCCUUCAAGGGUGACUCCCUCGUCGACGUCUCGAGCCCGAAUCCUCUCAAGCCCUCGGGCUUCAAGGUCGAGAGAGACGCCGCCGACGUCGCGGAGCUAUGCCAAACUCCGCCCCAGCUCAAGGCGAUCGGUUUCAAGGAGGACGCCACCGACGUGCCGGCCUCCGAGCCCGUGCAGCUGAGCAACAUCGUGAUCAAGCCUGGAUUCCAGAAGGACGAUGGCUUCAGGAUAAGUAGCAACCUGCACAAGGUCGAGGGCCUGGGCGUGAAGGCCGUGGCGCAGGCGGCUCUGGCCCGGAGCGCCACCGCUCUGGGAGUAUCGCUGGGUCCAAUUGAGGAGGAUGUCGGCACCCCGCGCAGCCGCAGGGCGAAGGGGAUCAAGGGCAAGGGCGAUGGCGAUGCGGUGCUGGAGCUGGGGUUGUUGAGCCUGGCCAAGGGUUGCCCGAUGUUGCAGGAUUUGGAGGUGCACCAGUGCACGGACGAGACCAUCUCGUCCGUGGUGCAUUUCCCCAAUGUUCAGAUUCUGCGCCUGGUGGGCACGGUGGAGGGAUUCAGCCACUGCUCGUUCACGGAUGUGGGGCUGACCAUCCUGGCCAACAAAUGCCGGCGGUUGAUCAAGCUCGAGCUGAUCGGGUGCGAGGCCGGUUAUGCUGGUAUCUCGGCAAUUGGGCAGUGCUGCGAGAUGCUCGAGGAGCUGACGCUGUCGAGCACUGGGUUCGAAGAGGGUUGGGUGGCCGCGCUGGGCUCCUUCAGCUGCUUGAAGACAUUGCGGCUGGAAAGGUGCAAGUACAUAGACCGCGAACCGGGCCCUGUCGAGUUUCUGAAGAGGUGCCCCACCUUGGAGCGAUUGCAGCUGGUGUGCUGCGAUCUUCGGGAUCGAGUUGCUUUUGGAGCACUGCUCACCGUGUGCAAGUAUGUGAAGGAGCUCGAGUUCCAGGAUUGCUGGGGUUUAGACGACGAAACUUUUGCUCUCACGGCCCACUGCAGGAAGAUAAGACUGCUAUCCCUGGAUGGGUGUUCGUUGAUUACGGCAGCAGGACUCGAGGAGAUGAUUCUAAUGGCAAAGGACUUGCAGAGAUUGCGUGUAGUGCAUUGUAAUAAUAUUCGUGAUUCAGAAUUGAGUCUAGCAGUCGAUAAUAUUAUCGUGACUCUGAAGGAGUUCAGAUGGCGCCCCGAUACAAAGUCUUUACUUGCGGGCACUCCAACCAUAGGCCAUGCAGGUAGAUGGUUUUUCAGGAAGGCUUAAUCCCCUAGUGUCAAUUCCCAAUAUCCUGUUGUAUAUAGUUCACAAUUGUCAAGCUCCAAAUUUAUAAAACAUGGUAUACUUUUCUGGAUUUGGAAGGCCAGUCUCCUCUAACCGAAGUCUGUACAAGAACUUUCAAGAGCUAGGUCGAAAUCGAUGCCCUCAUUUUAUGUCCACCAGCCCUGUGGCCCUGUUUCGUGGAGACCGUGACUUCGCUAGUUAUAUGUCGAAGGCUGAUCAUAUCACCUCAAGUGGUGCUAGAUUUCCGUAUAAUUCAGUGCCUUUGUUUCUGGUAU